UACAAUUAAAAAAAUUCUAAUUUCCGCCGCCAUUUCGCCGCCGUGUUCACCGCCGCAACCGUAUUCACCUGCGCCGUCGCCAAUCCUCAUCUUCCAUCAACGCCGCCGGUAAAUCCAAAAGCUUCCUCCGAAGUUUCAUUGCCCUUCAAAUCCCACUCAAAAACAGUAAAUUGCAGAACAAAUUGAGAAUAUGAGGCUUCUGAAGGUGGCAACUUGCAACUUGAAUCAAUGGGCAAUGGAUUUUGAUUGCAAUAUGAAGAAUAUUAAGGAGUCCAUUUCAAGGGCUAAAGAAUCCGGCGCCGUUAUUCGGUUGGGCCCCGAGCUUGAAAUCACUGGCUAUGGCUGUGAAGACCAUUUCUUGGAACUCGACACUGUCAAUCACGCGUGGGACUGCUUGAAAGAGUUAUUGCUCGGCGAUUGGACGGACGGCAUAUUGUGUAGUUUCGGAAUGCCUAUUAUCAAGGGGUCAGAGCGGUACAAUUGUCAAGUCCUUUGCUUGAAUCGAAAAAUAGUUAUGAUACGCCCAAAGAUGUGGCUAGCAAAUGACGGAAACUAUAGAGAACUCAGAUGGUUUACGGCAUGGAAGCAAAAAGACUUUCUUGACGACUUUCUUCUUCCAAGUGAUAUAUCCGAGUCUCUGUCGCAAACAACUGUACCGUUUGGCUACGGGUAUAUCCAGUUUCUUGACACAGCUGUUGCAGCUGAAGUAUGUGAGGAGCUCUUUAGUCCUAUGCCACCUCAUGCUGAGCUGGCAUUGAACGGCGUCGAAGUUUUUAUGAAUGCUAGUGGAAGUCACCAUCAAUUAAGAAAACUCGAUAUUCGCCUCCGUGCUUUUAUAGGCGCUACACAUACCCGUGGAGGAGUUUACAUGUACAGUAAUCACCAAGGAUGUGACGGUGGACGCCUUUAUUAUGAUGGAUGCUCUUGUGUUGUUGUCAAUGGAGAUGUGGUUGCCCAAGGGUCACAGUUCUCGUUAAAGGAUGUCGAAAUGGUGGUUGCUCAAGUAGACCUAGAUGCGGUCGCUAGUCUUAGAGGAUCUAUUAGUAGCUUUCAAGAACAAGCCAGUUGCAAACCAAAAGUUCCCGCAGUUUCAGUACCUUACAAGCUUUGCGAGUCUUUUAAGCUCCAAAUGUUGCUAUCGAGUCCACUUAAGAUUCAAUAUCAUUCUCCUGAAGAGGAAAUAGCGUUCGGGCCGGGCUGCUGGUUGUGGGAUUAUUUAAGAAGAAGUGGUGCAUCUGGUUUUUUACUUCCGCUCUCAGGUGGAGCAGAUAGCUCAUCUGUCGCUGCCAUAGUUGGUUGCAUGUGCCAGCUAGUAGUAAAAGAAGUAGCAAAUGGGGAUGAACAAGUCAAAGCUGAUGCGAUAAGAAUCGGCCACUAUGCGGAUGGACAAUUUCCAACAGACAGUAAAGAAUUCGCCAAACGCAUAUUCUACACAGUUUACAUGGGCACCGAAAAUAGUUCCGAUGCAACAAGAAAUAGGGCAAAAAUUCUUGCCGAAGAAGUCGGGUCGUGGCAUCUCGAUGUGUCAAUAGAUGGAGUGAUUUCUGCCUUGCUCUCUUUAUUUCAAACACUUACAGGAAAACGACCUCGCUACAAGGUAGACGGAGGGUCAAACAUCGAAAAUUUAGGGUUGCAAAAUAUUCAGGCUCGAAUCAGAAUGGUGUUAGCGUUUAUGCUAGCAUCACUCUUGCCAUGGGUUCACAGCAAACCUGGCUUUUAUUUGGUAUUAGGAAGCUCAAAUGUUGACGAGGGAUUGCGUGGUUACUUAACUAAGUAUGAUUGCAGUUCCGCUGAUAUAAAUCCGAUUGGAAGUAUCAGCAAACAGGAUUUACGCAGCUUUUUGAAAUGGGCAGCUGUACACUUAGGUUACUCAUCCUUGGCAGAGGUUGAAGCUGCUCCACCCACAGCUGAACUCGAGCCAAUACGAUCCAAUUACAGCCAGCUGGAUGAAGUGGAUAUGGGAAUGACAUAUGAAGAACUUUCGGUAUACGGGAGGAUGCGUAAAAUUUUCCGAUGUGGGCCUGUAUCCAUGUUUAAGAAUCUCUGUUACAAAUGGGGAACGAAGUUAACUCCAGUGGAAAUAGGCGACAAAGUGAAACAUUUCUUCAAGUAUUAUUCUAUCAACAGGCACAAAAUGACCGUUCUAACACCUUCGUAUCACGCGGAGAGUUACUCGCCCGAGGAUAAUAGAUUUGACCUACGGCAAUUCCUGUACAACGCAAGGUGGCCUUAUCAGUUUCGAAAGAUUGAUCAACUUGUGAAGGAGUUGAAUGGUGAUAGCGUGGCUAUUAGUGAUAAGGGGGAAAUUGCUAACGUCAGGUCAGCGGAUGGCGGCAUGGGUGUUGUAGCUGCUGGCUCGGGUAAUCCAAGUGCCGGCUUUUGAAUUCGUAUUCUUAUCGAACUUGUGUAUUUAUAUAAGCCAAAGUGUAGCUUUUCUUUUUAUACCAACACUUAAUUUAACUUCCAUUUCACCCUUAAAA